UGAAAAUCAUUAAAUUAUAAAGAAAAGGAAAGAGUUAAAUUAUUACGAUUGUUAUAUCGAAAUCAAGCAAUAUAUCGACUUUUCUCAAGAACAGAGAUUGAUGAAAAUCGUAAAAUGCAAUAUCGUUGAAUUACUUAUGGAGUUACUAUUUUAAUUUCAAUUUAAUUUAAAUAUAAAUGUAAUUAGCGAGAGAAACAAAUAAAUAACCCGAUAGGAUGGGUGACGCGAUCAAUGGUAAGAAAUUAUUUAUGAAGUUGUGCGCUUCAUGUCAUACCACGGAAAAGGGUGGAAAACAUAAGAUAGGUCCUAACCUGCAUGACAUCAUGGGCAAAACUUGCGGAAGUAGGUCUAUUCCGGGAUUUAAUUUCACGGAAACUCUGAAGGAAAAAGCUAUUGUAUGGGAUGAGAAGACUUUAAACGACUACCUCGAAAUUCCCAAAAAAUUUAUCCCGGGAACAAAAAUGGCAUUCUACGGUGUCAAGAAGGCCGAAGAUCGAAGAGAUUUGAUCGCUUUCUUAGCUACUUUGAAAUAACCGCGUUUUAAUAAACAGUAUGUAGCAAUUUUGCUGCACAAAUGCAACAUAACCAUGGGGUUAUGUUAUUAAUUAUGUAAUUAUUGUAAUCAAUCAUCGAAAAUAGUAAUAAUGA